CGGGAAGAUCCUAGCAACCUUGGAACUUGCGGAACUUGGCAGUAGCUAGGACCUAGGUCGACCCGCGAUCCGCGACCGCUCCAACUGGAAAUACCUUCAAACUCCGUACCCUAUUUAUAAUACGAAAUAGCCCCUGACCAAACUUAAACUUAUUCAAUAUUACCUGGGUGAUAUCAAAGAUAUCAACGAAUUCAAAGAUAUGCUCGAAGCCAAUUGAUUAACGGCGAUUUAACAUCCUACAUGUUUGUCACCACGUUAAUGUCGUCAUUCGCAUAACACUCCCUCAAUUGCUCGAAACCCCCUGUCUUCGACUCUCGACUCGACUGGAAUCACCGACCAUGUCCAGAGUUGUCGACAGAACACCUCAGAACAGAUAAUAGUAUUCUAACAGCUAUACUAUUUAAAGUACCACUUGGUAUGCGAGAAGAAAUACUAAUACGGCCUAUGCGAUGGGCGCGAUGAAAGACACCAAUGACGAUCUAUCCGCGAAUCCGACUGUAACCCAACAAUACCAACAGCGACUAUCAACAGCAAGGUCCUCGCAUAGCUAUGGCAGUUACGAAACUGGCGAAUCCAGUGCCCCCCCAAGUCUGAAUGAUCCUUCUAAUGGUUCGACUACGUCAGCUCAUUCUCCCCACAAAAGUGCCACCAACGACCUAAACUCGAAUUCGUAUGCGCUAGAUCAGAGAAGUAGAGGUAUGGAUAAAGAUAGGGAUAGAGACCUCAACCAUGAGGUACAUAAGCGACGUCGACCACAUAAACCUCGAUCUAGUGGAGGUUUCCUCCUCGCCAACACCUCGCAUGACGAACCUUCCAAGGGAGUAUCGCCAAAUCGGGACGGUAGUCGAAGGCAAUCUCGGUUACCGGUAGACAAUCGUAAGGGAAAGACAUCUAUGAGUUUAUCUACGAAUUUAUCGGAUAGAUCAAAUGGGGCAAAUCUGCGAACGGGAUUGGGGAUAGACGAGCAAGGUAUGAGAAGAUCAAGCGAAGGCCUACCGAGUCGAAUAGCGAGUCCAGCUCCCGAUGACGAGAGGCGAUAUAAUCAGGGCGGACGGCGAGUUUCGAGGAUACCAACACCGACUUCUCGACCGGGCACGCCUCUUGAUGUCGAUUCUACCAAUAUCGUGAACAUGGCUCUUAAUCUGAGCGAGUCGCGACGUAUGGCGGAAAGGAGAAAUAUGUCAAGUCCCAUCCCUCCACGGCUUGCUCAACUUCCCGAUACCCUAGCUGGUGGUAGUCUUAAGCAGCACCUACAGCAACAGAGAAGGACUUCGCGGACAUUAUCCCCAAAGCCUGAUAGGAGCUUAGUGCCGAGAGCUGUAUCGACAACGAGAAUUCCUAGCCCGCUACAGCCUUCAUUUGACAGUGAGGGUAGCUAUACAUAUCACUUUUCAUCUUCCACCCUAAACAGGGCCCAGAAGGCGAAAGAGUACCUCGAAUUGAUGGCUCAAUACAGAAGACUAUUGCAAAUCGUUGCGCCUCUUAAGCCGGAUGCACGUUCUAGGCCCUCAUCUUCUAAUCUCUCAACAUCUCCCACAUCCUCGAAGCCGCCUUUAAACCCUCUCACUGGCACACCUCAGAUCGUACUAGGCCGAGCAUAUAAUCCACUUCAAUACAUCCGAAACCGAAAGGUCCGAGCCCGAGAACGGAAAAUUAUUGAUGGGUGGGCACAAGGUUUCGCAGAUAUCUCAAGGGUAUCAUGUUGGAUCGACCAAACUGCAGCAUCGACAGCCACGUCGGAUUUAUCGCUUGGCCCUUCUCUGCUACCUCCAUUCCAAGCAGCACAUGAAGCUGACCAAGAGCCUCCGUCAAAUAUACCAAGACCUAUCUCAACAAUAGCAAAGCCUAAACGAAUAAGGAUAGAUUGGAGCAUCGACCCUGCAGAUAUGCUUGCGGAUAUAUACUGGAUAGAACAAGAUGACAAUAAGUAUCUCAUUGAGGAUCGUCACUAUUCUAAGAUUUUCCCUCGAAAACUGGAGGCACAAUCACCGCCUCGCCAGAUAAAUGAGCCUGUCGCAUCUGCGCUUUCUGUCUCGACAAGGGAAGGGGACAUGGGUGAUAUCACUGCUGCUUCUGAAGUAGACCUAAUAAGUCCGCUUAGAGCAGAGUCCGACGUGCCGCUUAUAAGUGCACGAGAACGUGCUCGCCAGAAGCUCCAAGAUUUGCGAGGUCACCAUAAACAGAACGGUCUCUCUCAUAGUCACCAUGACUUCCUGAGAUUUCGGAAAGGCUCACUGUCAGAUACGUCAGAUAGCGAAAGCGACCGUAGGAGGCGAAACCGUACCGGCACUAUUAGCGCUGAUGGCACAGAUUUGCUUGACAGGCAAAUGAAGGAGAUGAUGGCAAAGGAGGAGCAGAAUGAAAAGGAGAACAUGGAUGAGGCCAACCGUGUCCUACUCAAACAACUUCCAUCGCGGAUGGUGACGCCGGAUAAAGGGUCUCAAACCCCAGAAGAAAUAAGCCGCAGGGGUUCGCGAGUAGAGGUCCUCGAUGGCCAGGAUAAGCUUACUCGCGGAAAAGCACAGCAAGGGUCUCCUCUCGGCUCGGCCCUCGGAUCGGGGCGGGCUAGUCUGGAAGUUCCUGGUAAGAAUUACAGAAUGUCGUUGGACAUGGAUUCUUCGCGACCACAAUCUCCAGACGCAAGACCAUCGCGGGGUCGCCGCCUCCAGGCUCCGGCGAUUGGUAUGGAACCCUCUCCGCCUAACAGUCGACCGGGAUCUCCCGGUCGAAAACCCUUCUCGAAGGUCAAGAACAUAUUCCGCGAUCGCAGUCGGGACCGGGAACGGGAACGGGAGCGUGGCGCAAAUAACGUAAUUCGUGAGAAAGUUGACAGGGUGGACAGCCCUAUUGAGCCGCCUGAGCAGCUUAACCUCUCAGCACUUACCACAGAGAGAUUUCAAUCGCCUGAUCGACGUAGGUCCAAGAGUCUCUCACGCAAGAUGGUCCAAAGGGCUACUGGUGAGAGUCACAGGUCACAUAAGAGUGUUAGCAGCAUCAGCAAAAUGAAAGGUGACGAUCAAGUUGGUCUACGGAGCAUCUUCAAAGGUAGCUCUAAAUUGGAUGGCAUGAUACGUGGUAGUGUGUCUAAGGUCACCGAUCUUCUAUGGAAGAAGGACUCAGAUACCGAAGAUGGCUCAUCAACCUCAACGAACUCCGAAUCAGAGGCAGAGCCUAAAAGGGGGAGAGCUAAAGGUUCUACUAACGCGUCUCGGAGCAACUCGCGACGCCCACGUGAAAACAAUCGUCAAAAGAAUUACUUGGAAGUUAUGCCUCCAUUCAAGCAGACGUUGCUACUACCCGACAAGCCCUCAUCGGAAGAGAUCGACCCCCUUACUGUGGUGAGCCCAAUUUCGCGACCUAGUAGAUCGCCUCGUUUCGAUCGAUUGAAACCGCCUCGCAUUGAUAUUCGCAAGGCAUCACCCCCCUCGACGGAUCUCGUACCCACAAAAUCUCGUCUUCUCCGCGACUCCUCUGACGUCUCUGACCUGGAAAUCUUCCCGGUCAUCCAGGGCGAGAAACUACAUGGCUUGUCUAAGGAGACUAGCGUGGUUCUGGCCGCCCCGAAACCUCGACCGCGGAUGGGGUCUAGGACACUGUCGCAGCCAGCCCGUCACUGGUCCAUCUCAAACCGCAGUCAGUCGCCACAGGGGGGCCAGAUCUCCCGCCGCGAGGUCGCCAGGCUGCGUGCCCUUAUCCUAUGCUCUGGUAUCAAGGCCAUGGAAAUCUCCCGCCGUGCCCACGAGCCACAUCCCUUGUUCGCGCUCGAUAACAACAACAAGGGCCUUGUAGCCGGUCUCACAUGGUCUGACGUCGCGCGCUUCGUCCCCGACCAGAAAACAAUGGGACUUCUAGCCCCAGAGCUCGAGCUGUUCCCCGCCACGGCAGGUGUCGUAAUCACUAGCAUCGAGAACUCGAUCCGCCUAUCAGAGAAGAGCACGGCGCGGUUUGCGACCGAGACCGCACGCGUCUUCCAGCGCCGCAUCGAAGGCCUGCACGAUCGUGUCGCUGGCGAUCUCAUGGAGAUGACGCACCGCGCGGCUGAUGAGGCUGAUGAGGUUAACCGCGACCUUGUUGAUAGUCAGAGACUUAAGGUGAAGACUGUCACGGAUACCAUGGACAAGAUGCUACGCCGUAGACGCAGACGCUUUAGGUGGGCGCGCCGCGCCGGUUGGCUUGCUGUCGAGUGGGUCCUCGUUGGCUUCAUGUGGUAUGUCUGGUUUGUCGUCAUGCUCACUCGGAUCGUGCUCGGUGUUGGGAAGGGGAUUCUGGGGGUUGGGAGGUGGUUGCUUUGGUUGUAGAUGUAAGCGUGUAAGGGGGACAGGGGAGGAAGUGUGACCCAUUUUGGGUUACUACUAAGCGAGCACUUGCGCUCUGAUUCUUCGUCGCGUUAUCGAGUAGAGCGGAGGAGGACGCUUUGGACGAUUUUUGGUCAUGAUACCCACUCCCGCGGAUGCAUUUUCUCUGUGUCCUUUCCCUCCGCCUCUCUUAUUCUGCGCGCUAGGCUUACGAGCCUACCUACAUAACCCUUUUGAGGGUCACUAACACCGUCUCAUCGACAAUAUUUCUGUUAUAAUUAAUUGUUAUACCAUACCCUCACCUGGGCUCUCCUUAUUAUCUGUCAUUA